AAUUCACCACUUAAGCCUGUCACUCGGCGCCUUGGAAUCCAGUGUUCGAGCCGAACUCGUGCGUUCCGCGGCAGUGAUCGCGGCACCAUUUGGGAGCCUGGUCAGCCAGCGAUUACCGAGGCACGAGAUCAGUUGCGCCGUUACACCCGGAAGCAAGACUCUGUCACCAUGGUGGAAUUGUUAGACGCUAUGCUAGACGUGCCCAAAAUUUACUACGGAGCCCUGCUUGGGAUAGGAUUCUGCACUUACUAUCUAUGCGAAGUAGUCAAAAAACCGCUACUUGUCUGCGCACCAGGACCGUUCCGGGACUUUCUGGAGAAAAACAUUCCCAUAGUUACGAACAAGUUUUGGCCGACUUUAUGGUGCUUCGAGUCUCGGGCGCAGACAGUGAUGGCAAGCGUUCUACGCUCAAGAUAUCUCCCGAAGGUGAUGUAUCGUCGAGAGAUUCUGGAGCUCCAAGAUGGGGGCGAAGUUGCUUUGGAUUGGGCGGAAGCGAACUGCUCGCCGCAUUCUCCGAUCGUCAUCAUUCUACCCGGACUUACAGGCGCCAGUCAAGCUGACUACAUAAAAUGUCUGGUUAGUGCUGCGAAAAAAGUUGGUAUCCGGUGCGUGAUAUUCAACAAUCGUGGUCUAGGAGGGGUUCAGCUAAAGACGCCACGGUUGUACAGCGCGGCCCACUGCGAUGACUUGUCUGAGGUUGUUGAUCACGUGAUGAAACUUCACCCCAGCGUUCCUUUGGGAGCAACAGGAAUCUCCAUGGGAGGGCUUAUCCUGGGGAAUUAUCUCGCUCGUGAAGGAGCUGCUGCAGCCUCGAAGCUUAAGGCAGCCAUGUGCAUUUCCGUACCUUGGAACGUAUUCGAGAGCACCAAAAGCAUUGAAAAGCCGUUCCUCAAUUUAAUGCUGAAUAAACACCUUGCCGAAAAUCUUUGCCGUAACUUGAAGAAGGCGGAACUCCAGUCCAACGCAACCGAAAAACCGUUCAACUGGGGCGCUGAUAACAUGCUGAAGAGCUGCAAGACCGUCAGGGAUUUCGACCAGAACUUCACGAUUAAACAUUUCGGUUACAAGAAUGUCGAGGAGUAUUACGCGAACGCGACGCUCCAUGACAAACUACAUUGCAUAGAGGUUCCCAUACUCUGUCUGAGUGCGGCCGAUGAUCCAUUCCAGCCUCUUGAAGCCAUUCCCAUCGCAGAAGCGAACAAAUCGAAGAACGUUGCCAUCGUCGUGACGUCACGGGGCGGUCAUAUAGCAUUCCUUGAAGGCGUUUGGCCUGUGAAACAGGAACAAUACAUAGGAAAACUAUUCUCCCAAUACUUCGCGGCCAUAUUCACAACAGACUUGAACUGUCGCCCGAUUUAACGGAUUACGCUCGCGGAAUCAAAUUCCAGCGGAAAGAAAAACUAUACAUAUAUACAUAUAAAUACAUACGUACACAUAGGUGUAUAUAGAUAAGGAUAAAUCAAGGGACGAAUGAUCAGAAUUAAUUAAUAUUAUAGGCUAGACAAAUUUGAUAAAAAAAAAAAAAUUGAGAAUAAUAUUAUUAAGUAUGUGAUUAAUCGGUUGAUUGAUCGGAUAAUACGAUGAAUAUAAUUCCUAAAAAAUUUCGACGAUGUUUUUUUUUUCGCUUACUCCGCACCUCGACUGUUUUCGUAUGGUUGCAUUUUUGUACCAAUUUCUGUCCUACUUGGAGACGACUUUUGAGAAACAAAAAAAAAAAUUUGAAACUGCGCGCUGAAAAAGUCAUAAUUUGUAAAUUAUAAAAAUCAAUUCGAAACUAGGGUUUUUUUUUUUUUUCACUGAAUUUAACAUUCAAUUCUGGAAGGUGAAGUUUUGUGUGAUCGUUUGAACGUUCACCAAAAAUUUACAGUAUCCUCUUUUGCACCGAAUUCAUCAUUCGAUUCGGCUUUCCUCGGGUGCGAAAUUUUUUUUUUUAUACAAGUUUUAAGUACGUUGCAACUUUGCGUCUAUAACUUGUAUAAACGAGGAUCAAUUGUGAUAAAAAUGAUGUAAGAUGUGAGAUUAAAUUGAAUGUAUAUUUCGAGUUCCGAGUAUGUAAAUCGGCGGCGAAAACUUUAAGUAAUUGAAACUUCACACUUGUGACUGUCGUGUAAUUUAGCCCAGGCGAAUUUUGGUAUAAAAAAAAAUGACAAAAUCGCACGUGCGAAGGUAUGGAAAAAUUCACGCGAGUUUCCGAGUACAAGAAUCAAUUGACCGGAAUAAAAAGUUACUAGAAUUCUAAGAUAAAAGACAUUUCUAAUUUAAGGGAUAUGAGAUCGAAAGCACUCAGAGAUCAAUCAUCAUUAAAUUUCUAGUUGCAAAAGUUACUCUCAAACUAUUCAUUUUAGCUUUUAUGAUUCGAAUUUCCCUACAUUAAUUUUUUUUUUUUUCUUUUUACAUUACGGAGUAAGAAAGUUGUCCGAUUUGUGUUUACCAUAACUGGCGUAAAUAAUAUAGUUUGAGAUUUUGAGCAACGAUUUUUCAUCUUUUUCUAACUUUUUAUCCAUCAAAUGUCUCAAAAUACGUCGUAAAUUUUGGUUUCGUUAAAUUGUCACCAAGAUACGAUGAUGUGUGCGUUAUAUCGGGACAAUCUCUUCAAGCUUGAAAAUCAACUGCGCAUGCGCGAGUUUUAUCGGCUGUCCCUGCAGGCUGGCCAUCCCGAGUCUCGUUGUCAAACUGUUUCCGGGGGCGAUGUAGGCAGUUGAUACGAAUUUUCGAGGUUAGAAUCUUAAAUAAUUGAGGUGGUGACUCGGAAAGGUUUGGGGAGCAUUUUUUAUUGGGUCUUAAAGUUGAUUCUUCAAAGAACGGUCGGAAUUUAAUGCUUAUGCUCUUUCAAAAUUCAAACGUACACAUUUUUUGUACGUUGGCCCGCCUGCAUCGCAAACAAGAAUAUCGCUGCGGGAAGAUUUUGCCGACCAAUGAGAUUGAAUUGUUUAGCGCAUGCGCAGUUGAUUUUCAACUUUCAAGAGAUUAUCCCGGUGUAGAAAUUUGCGAUGAAAAACGAAAACAUGUAAGGACUGGUAACCAAGACUGAAAAUUUUUCUCUGUCAACAAAAUUCAUUUAUUAACUCUUGUUUGAAAACAAGAAAUUGAACGCAAGUUGAAAAGUCCAAUCGCACAAAUUUCGAUCAAUUACCAAAAAGGUUAUACAAUUUCUUCAAUCUGACGGUGCUUACGAUCUCAUUUUCUUCCAAUAUUAGUUAUGUUCUGUUAAUAUAGGUAGAAUUGCUAUCAAAUAAACACAGUGUUUUAAAACGCAUGUUAAUUUCCAUACAGAAUUUUUACGCUUAGGGACAGAAAUGUAAAAAACAUGCCCGGAUAAAUUUUUCCUGGUUUGCAGAACGAUUACUUUUCCUAUUUACGACCUUUUGAAAUUGUUGAACGCGGUAUGUACUGCAGAUAACAAUCAUAUUCGAUGCCUUUUCUUGCGUCAAUCAAUGAAUGAAUAUUCAGACAAAUCUAAUGCCACUGAGUGACGUUUUUUUCUGGUGAUUCAAUAACGAGCUUUCGUAAAGUAACAGCGAGUUUCGAAUCGAGACGAAUCAUUAAGAUGCCAUUUAAGUGAUUGCUAGGUAGAUUUUUUAAAGGCAUUUUUUCAACAUUUCCAAGCAAGAAAAAAAUCGAAGGCAUACGAAAGUAUAAAAACAAUUUCAUUGAUUAAAUCCAUUUAAAAAAUCAGGAAGUCGUCAUCUUUCAUAAUUAUGAAACAGGUGUUUAUGCAGUAGAAAACACAAAUUUUUUUUCCAUUCUAGAAUGUUUGUUGCGAUAAUGACGAACGUACGUACAGUUCGGUGAAAAAAAUUUUUGAUUCAAAAAUGAUAAAAGCAAAUUUUCAAUGCACCGUCUGAGGUUCAUGGAGUUGAAUUUCAUGGAAACAAUAAUUUGCUCUCGUGCCAUAAAGACGAGGCAAGAAAAGGAAUUUUCACCAGCAACGCUAGAUUGUUAAAAACUUUAUACACAUGAAAAUGCAAAUUGAAUAUCGAUCGAUCGAUCAAAAUUGGAGAAAAUCUUUCUAAUCAUCAACUUUACGUGCUAUUUGGUAAAAAAAUGACUAACAAUUUGUUCGUAACCUAAUUUUCUACAUGUUACAGAUUUCUUUUUUACCUACUUUGUUGGUGCAAAAAAAAAAAAGAAAAAAAAAUCGUCACAAGGUGUAAAA